AUGUCACUCAUCCGCCUCCGUCCGGACCCUCCGUCCAGGAGCAUCUCUAGGAGGACGGCGGCGAUGCUCUGCUGCCUCCUGGCCUCGCUCUGCUUCGUCUACUGUUUGGCGGAGCGCUGCGGCUCCCCGCCGGCCCCGCGGAGACCCUCCGGACACCUCGCGGGCUUCCUCCGCUGGCACGCGCUCGGGGGGAACGAGCUCCUCCGCAAAUGGACCGGGGGCGAGCAUCAUGCUGACAGCGAAGCGGACUCGUCCCCGACGCGACUGAGCCCGCUGGGCGAGGGCACCAAGAAGCUGCCCCAAGCCAUCAUCGUCGGGGUGAAGAAGGGCGGCACGCGCGCGCUGCUCGAGUUCCUGCGCGUGCACCCGGACGUGCGCGCCGCGGGAGCGGAGCCGCACUUCUUCGACCGCGACUACGACAAGGGGCUCCGCUGGUACAGAGAGCUGAUGCCCAAGACCCUGGAGGGCCAGAUCACCAUGGAGAAGACCCCCAGCUACUUUGUGACCCGGGAGGCUCCGGCUCGUAUCUAUGCCAUGUCCCGAGACACCAAGCUGAUCGUGGUGGUCCGGGACCCCGUGACGCGAGCCAUCUCCGACUACACGCAGACGUUGUCCAAGAAGCCCGACAUCCCCACCUUCGAGAGCCUGACCUUCAAAAACCGGAGCACGGGCCUGAUCGACACCUCCUGGAGCGCCGUGCAGAUCGGCAUCUACGCCAAGCACCUGGACAACUGGCUGCAGUUCUUCCCCAUGCGCCAGAUCCUGUUCGUGAGCGGGGAGCGGCUGAUCCGCGACCCGGCCGGCGAGCUGGGCCGCGUGCAGGACUUCCUGGGCCUCAAACGCAUCAUCACGGACAAGCACUUCUACUUCAAUCAGACCAAGGGCUUCCCCUGCCUGAAGAAGGCCGAGGGCAGCAGCAAGCCCCACUGCCUGGGCAAGACCAAAGGCCGGACCCACCCCAACAUCGACCCCGAGGUGGUGCGGAGGCUGCGGGACUUUUAUAGGCCCUUCAACAUGAAGUUCUACCAGAUGACCGGCCGUGUUUUCGGGUGGGACGACUGA